AAUUGACCCCGAUCAUCCCCGACUCAACUUUUUUUCUGGGUCAACCAUCGUGGAGUAAGGUAAAUCGGAGGCUAACCACGUGUGCCGAGGCGACGGCCUGGGACGCUACCUAGUUAUACGCCGACGGAAGGGCCGACGGACUCGAUUCAGUAUCGACUGACCGUCGUCGUGAUCUUCUGACUUGUACGAGAUGGCUUCUUGAGCAAUUCACUACCUAGGUAUUGCCCUUGCUCUUACGUAUUCGUAUCUUCGUAUGAUGUUGUGUUGGAAUAAAUAGGAUGAAGAUCCCUCAUGACGAUCAUCACGAAUUUCUUCAAGCCAUUCAAUAGAGGUUUACACAUAUUAUUUAAUCCUCAACCCUCCUCUGCAAAACACCAUGGGUUUACGGAAUAAGCCGUCUAGGGCUUUGCUUGCAUUCCUUGCUCUCUCAGCAUGGCCACUGAAUAGCUUCUGUCUUGGUGCAUCCCAGAUACCUCCCAAAUUCCUUCUAGGCCGAGCCUCGAAUGACAGUGAAGGACUCCCAGGCUACCGAAAUUCCUCAUUAUGCAUCAACGAUAGAGUCGAAGACCUCAUCCAGCGUAUGACACUGGAGGAGAAGGUCGGCCAGAUGUUCCACGCGAUGCUGUACCCCGGCGCAAACGGCACCCUAGACCAAGGCAACGCGACGGCUUUCCGGAAUAGCACUGACUUUAUGAUCGGCGAGCAGCUGCUAACACAUUUCAACCUCGUCGGCGACAUCACCGACGCGAAAGAAAGCGCUGACUUCUACAACCUUAUACAAAAAAGGGCCUUGGAGACUCGACUCGGUAUUCCCAUCACCUUGUCAUCUGACCCUCGACACGCUUUUACCGAAAAUGCCGGAACCGGGUUCAACGCAGGCCGCUUCUCUCAAUGGCCCGAGACGCUAGGGCUCGCCGCGCUCCGAGACGCAAAUCUAGUCCGGAAGUUCGCCGAGAUCGCACGUGAAGAAUACCUCGCCGUCGGCCUGCGCACCGCGCUUCACCCACAAGUAGACGUAACAACCGAGCCACGAUGGGCGCGAAUCUCCGGUACAUUUGGCGAAAACGCCGAACUAACUGCCGAGCUCCUCGCCGCAUACAUCAAAGGGUUCCAAGGCGACAAGCUAGGCGCCUACUCAGUUUCCACUGUAACAAAGCAUUUCCCCGGUGGCGGCCCCAUGCAAAAUGGCGAGGACUCUCAUUUCGCCUACGGCAAGAAUGAGACGUAUCCCGGAAACAACCUAGAAUACCACCUCAUCCCCUUCCGCGCUGCCGUCGCAGCCGGCGCACGGCAGAUGAUGCCGUAUUACAGCCGCCCAGUCGACACGCCGUUCGAAGCCGUCGGCUUCUCCUUCAACAAGGAAAUCGUCACAGACCUCCUGCGCAAUGACCUCGGCUUCGACGGCAUCGUCGUCACUGACUGGGGUCUAAUCACGGAUACCUGGAUCGCAGGACAAUACAUGCCCGCACGUGCAUGGGGCGUAGAAUCACUCUCGGAACUCGAACGCGCGGCCCGCAUCCUGAACGCAGGCUGCGACCAAUUUGGCGGCGAAACACGGCCCGAACUCAUCGUCGAGCUCGUCCAGACAGGCGUCAUCACCGAAUCCCGAAUCGAUACCUCAGUGCGCAAGCUGCUACGCGAGAAGUUCCUCCUUGGCCUCUUUGAUAACCCGUUCGUGGAUUCCGAUGCUGCCGCUCGCGUCGUCGGGAACGAGUACUUCGUGCGUUUGGGCAACGAGGCGCAGCGACGCGCUUACACUCUCCUCAAGAACAAGGACAGUAUCCUACCCCUGCGAAACCUAGGUCCACAGACGAAAUUCUACGUCGAGGGGUUCAAUGCGACGUACAUUACCUCGCGGAACUAUAGCGUUGUGACUUCCGUCGAGGACGCGGACUACGCGCUGCUGCGCUUGGCAGCCCCAUACGAGCCGCGUCCUGGAGGAUUCGAGUCCAUGUUCCACGCGGGAUCGCUUGAGUUCUCGGACGAGGAGAAGACGAGACAGGCGGCUAUUUACGCUGCGGGAGUACCGACGGUUGUGGAUAUGAUGUUGGAUAGACCGGCUGCGGUGCCGGAGGUAGCGGAGGGAGCGACGGCUAUGCUAGCUAGCUUCGGGAGCAGCUCUGAUGCGUUCCUUGAUGUGAUUUUUGGGUUAGCUGAGCCGGAAGGAAAGUUGCCGUAUGAUCUACCGCGGUCUAAUGAGGCUGUUGAGGCGGGAAUGGAGGACGUACCUUUCGACACCAAAAACCCAGUGUUCAAGUAUGGGCACGGCUUGAGAUACGCCGAUCGAUGCGGCGAAGGAAAUGGGUCGUCGGGGAAAUGCCUAUUCGUCCAGAAAUACUAAUCUUCCCGAGUUAGGGUAGUAUCCUAGAACAAUUAAUCAAUAAAUC